AUGAACGCACUUAAAAGAAACCCAACAAAAUUGUUCUUCCUUCUACCUUUGUCUUUUUCUUUCGGCGACAGCUGCUUCCAAAGUAUUUUAUGCAUUUGUGGUCUAAAUUGCUUCUCCUUUCAAACAAAAUCAAGUUCAACUUGCAAUUGCGUCCCUCAGUUCAACUUAUCAAUUGCACAAACCCUCAAUUCAACUUAUCAAUUGCAUGCGGAGCUGGGUUUUCCUAGGGUUUGGUGGCCAUGGCUCAAAUAAGCUGAGGAGGCUAAGUUUUGCCAGGUGAAGAAAAUGAUUCUCACAAAGCAGUACCGAUGCAUACAUUCAUCUAGCUGUCAAUGCACUAAAGGGCAUUUAAGUGAAGAUGUAAUAUUCUUAGUAUUUCAUCAUUUGAAUUGGAAUCCAAAGCUAAUCGCCACUCUGUCAUGUGUGUGCAAAUGGUUUGAUGAUUUAGCCAAGCGAGUUCUAUGGAAAGAGUUUUGUCGAACAAGAGCGCCAAAAAUGAUGCUUGAUCUGCAAUCUAGUGGGAGUCACAGUGUUGAUGGGAACUGGAGAGCCCUAGGGAAGCUUCUAAUAUAUUGUGCAGGGAGCAAGAAAAGUGGUUUGUUCAACAGCAUUCAUAACCCUGCUGGCCAUUUUGUUGAUCAGACUCGAUUUUCUAGAACAUCAGGAAGGAGUUUUCUUUUGCCACAAUGUAGAACCGAUGUUUUGUAUGUUUCUGAUCCUUGUGAGCAUCUUGACCAAGGUGAAGAAGGAGACAUAGGAUACUUCCGAGGAGUUUUUAAGUCAUUUGCAACUUCAAAGGUGAGGAAGAUGCUUAUCAAGAAAAAUGCCAAGCUUCAUCCAACAAAAGUCUGCCCUUAUUGUAAAGCAAAGUUGUGGAGCAUGCUGCAAGCCAAAAUGAUCCCUCAAAGUGCUAGUUGCAGACUGGGUUCUUAUGAAGAUUGUGUUGAGUAUUAUGUGUGCCUAAACGGCCACAUGCUUGGCAACUGCACCCUAUUACCAUUGUCUGAUUCGGAAGAAGCAACUGAGUUGGAGUAAUAAUAUAAAUGAUUCUCUGGUAUUUUCUUGUAUCUGGAAAACUAUAACUUUCUUUCCUUUUUAUGUUUUCCUUUUUGUUUCAAUAUAAAAUGAACACCAAUGCUGGAAAUUUAUUUGUGCAUAGAAGGAUGAUUUUGAUGUCACUUUUUUAGUUCAGAGAUUAAAUGAUGUUAGUUAUCAUUCAUCAAGGA